CCCCUCAGGCUCCGCUGCGUUGGGGGCCGCGGGCCGGUUCCUGAGGUGGCCCAGCGCCCUCCCGCCGCCGGCGCCGCCCGGCCGUCGCCCCCGCCGCCCCCCGCCUCCGCCUACCCCCCCCCCGCCCUCCGCCUCCCCUCCCCCUCCCCGCCCAGCAGCGGUCGCUGGAGCCCCGGCUCUCGGUUAUAAGAUGGCGGCGCUGAGCGGCGACGGCGGCGCGGAGCAGGGCCAGGCUCUGUUCAACGGGGACAUGGAGCCCGAGGCCGGCGCCGGCGCCGCGGCCUCUUCGGCUGCGGACCCCGCCAUCCCCGAGGAGGUGUGGAAUAUCAAACAAAUGAUUAAGUUGACACAGGAACAUAUAGAGGCGCUAUUGGACAAAUUUGGUGGGGAGCAUAAUCCACCAUCAAUAUAUCUGGAGGCCUAUGAAGAAUACACCAGCAAGCUAGAUGCCCUCCAACAAAGAGAACAACAGUUAUUGGAAUCCCUGGGGAAUGGAACUGAUUUUUCUGUUUCUAGCUCUGCAUCAACGGACACCGUUACAUCUUCUUCCUCUUCUAGCCUUUCAGUGCUACCUUCAUCUCUUUCAGUUUUUCAAAAUCCCACAGAUGUGUCACGGAGCAACCCUAAGUCACCACAAAAACCUAUUGUUAGAGUCUUCCUGCCCAACAAACAGAGGACAGUGGUACCUGCAAGGUGUGGAGUUACAGUCCGGGACAGUCUAAAGAAAGCGUUGAUGAUGAGAGGUCUAAUCCCAGAGUGCUGUGCUGUUUACAGAAUUCAGGAUGGAGAGAAGAAACCAAUUGGAUGGGACACUGAUAUUUCCUGGCUUACUGGAGAGGAAUUGCAUGUCGAAGUAUUGGAAAAUGUUCCACUUACAACACACAACUUUGUACGGAAAACUUUUUUCACCUUAGCAUUUUGUGACUUUUGUCGAAAGCUGCUUUUCCAGGGUUUCCGCUGUCAAACAUGUGGUUAUAAAUUUCACCAGCGUUGUAGUACAGAGGUUCCACUGAUGUGUGUUAAUUAUGACCAACUUGAUUUGCUGUUUGUCUCCAAGUUUUUUGAACACCACCCAAUACCACAGGAGGAGGCCUCCUUUGCAGAGACUACCCUUACAUCUGGAUCAUCCCCUUCCACAUACUCCUCCGAUUCUUUUGGGCCCCAAAUGCUCACCAGUCCGUCUCCUUCAAAAUCCAUUCCAAUUCCACAGCCUUUCCGACCAGCAGAUGAUGAUCAUCGAAAUCAGUUUGGACAACGAGAUCGGUCCUCAUCGGCUCCAAAUGUGCAUAUAAACACAAUAGAACCUGUCAAUAUUGAUGACUUGAUUAGAGACCAAGGGUUUCGUAGUGAUGGAGGGUCAACUACAGGUUUAUCUGCCACCCCCCCUGCCUCAUUACCUGGCUCACUCACUAAUGUGAAAGCAUUACAGAAAUCUCCAGGACCUCAGCGGGAAAGAAAAUCAUCUUCAUCCUCAGAAGACAGGAAUCGAAUGAAAACACUUGGUAGACGGGAUUCAAGUGACGAUUGGGAGAUUCCUGAUGGGCAGAUCACAGUAGGACAAAGAAUUGGUUCCGGGUCAUUUGGGACAGUCUACAAGGGGAAGUGGCAUGGUGAUGUGGCAGUGAAAAUGUUGAAUGUGACAGCACCUACACCUCAGCAGUUACAGGCCUUUAAGAAUGAAGUAGGAGUACUCAGGAAAACUCGACAUGUAAAUAUUCUACUCUUCAUGGGCUAUUCAACAAAGCCACAACUGGCUAUUGUUACCCAGUGGUGUGAGGGCUCCAGCUUAUAUCACCAUCUCCACAUCAUUGAGACCAAAUUUGAGAUGAUCAAACUUAUAGAUAUUGCACGGCAGACCGCACAGGGCAUGGAUUACUUACACGCCAAGUCAAUCAUCCACAGAGACCUCAAGAGUAAUAAUAUUUUUCUUCAUGAAGACCUCACUGUAAAAAUAGGUGACUUUGGGCUAGCCACAGUGAAAUCUCGAUGGAGUGGGUCCCAUCAGUUUGAACAGUUGUCUGGAUCCAUUCUGUGGAUGGCACCAGAAGUAAUCAGAAUGCAAGACAAAAACCCUUAUAGCUUUCAGUCAGAUGUAUAUGCAUUUGGGAUUGUUCUGUAUGAAUUGAUGACUGGACAGUUACCUUAUUCAAACAUCAACAACAGGGACCAGAUAAUUUUUAUGGUGGGACGAGGAUAUCUAUCUCCAGAUCUCAGUAAGGUACGAAGUAACUGUCCAAAAGCCAUGAAGAGAUUAAUGGCAGAAUGCCUAAAAAAGAAAAGAGAUGAGAGACCACUCUUUCCCCAAAUUCUCGCCUCUAUUGAGCUGUUGGCCCGCUCAUUGCCAAAAAUUCACCGCAGUGCAUCAGAACCCUCCUUGAAUCGGGCUGGCUUCCAAACAGAGGAUUUUAGUCUAUAUGCUUGUGCUUCUCCAAAAACACCCAUCCAGGCAGGGGGAUAUGGAGAAUUUGCAGCCUUCAAGUAGCCACACCAUCAUGGCAGCAUCUACUCUUAUUUCUUAAGUCUUGUGUUCGUACAGUUUGUUAACAUCAAACACAGUUCUGUUCCUCAGAUCCUUUUUUAAAGAAAUGAAAUUUUCAAUUCAUAAGCUGAUGUGGAACGGAAUGGAAAUUCCCAUCCAAGAAAAGAGGGAAGAAUGUUUUAGGAACCAGAAUUCUCUGCUGCCAGUGUUUCUUCUUCAACACAAACACCACGUGCAUACAAGUCUGCCCAGUCCCAGGAAGACGAGAGACCCUGAGUUCUGGCCUUUUGAUGGUCAGGCAUGAUGGAAAGACACUGCUGCUACAGCUUGGGAGAUUGGCUCUGGAGUCUGCCGGUCGACUGUGCCCUUCUAACCACCAGAUCAGUGUGUGGCUGAUCAUCUGAUGGGGCAGUUGCAAUCACCAAGCAUCGUUCUCUUUCCUGUUCUGGGAGUCUGUUGUGGAGCUCUCCCCUAGCCACCACUGGUUCAUUUCUGAGGGACGGAACAAAAAUGCAGCAUGCCCUACCUGUGUGGUGCACGUUCAGUCCUUGACUCAUUUUUAUCAAAAUGAAGCUAUUUUAUUUAAGUGGAGGAUGAGAGGGAGACAGAGCUACGUUUUGGUGCAGAGGAAAAGGGAAUGCUGCAUCUUUUUCCUGACCUCCUGGGUUUCUGGCCUUCUGUUUCCUUGCUCACUGAGGGUGUCUGCCUACCCACGCAGGCUGGAAAGUGCUGGCACACAUUGCCUUCUUUGUUCAUUGGGUCCAGCAAUGAAGAGAAGUGUCUGGGGGUUUUUUCCCUCCACAAUAUAGCAAGUUCUCAGGAAAAUCUUCCUCCUAAGCUCUUCCAGUCACCAAGUACUUAUGUGGCUACUUUGCCCAAGGCACAAAAAUGCCAUGGUGGUAUUUAGUUAAAAGCCUACAGAACUGCUUGAUAACAGUUUUGAAUGUGAGACAUUUAUGUAAUUUAAAUGUAAGGUACAAGUUUUAAUUUCUGAGUUUCUUCUAUUAUAUUUUUAUUAAAAAAAUAAUUUUCAGAUUUAAUUGAAUUGAAAUAAAACACUUCCCAUUAGAAUUAUAUAUCCUGAAAAAUUGUAUUUUUGUUAUAUAAACAACUUUUAAAGAAAAAUCAUUAUCCUUCCUCUACCUAAACAUGGGGAGUCUUAGCAUAUGACAGAUAUUUAUAAUUUUUAAAUUAAUGGUACUUGCUGGAUCCACACUAACAUCUUUGCUAAUAUCUCAUUGUUUCUUCCAGUUUACUCUUACACUACAUCCUCAUUUUCUUUUACCUAGAAUAUGCAACCUAAAAUAAAAAUGGUGGUGUCUCCAUUCAUUCUUCUUUUUCCUUUUUUCCCAAGCCUGGUCUUCAAAAGGUUGGGUAAUUUGGCAGCUGAGUUCCCCAAGCAGAUAAUAGAGCAAUUUUAGGUGUAUUGGGACUGUGAGAGUAUGUGUGAAGCUAACGUCAAUUGUUUUUACAGAAAGAGCUGCUGUGAUAUUAAGAACCUCAUUCCUUAUCUUUAUAUAAACGGAAAAUAUAACCUAGCCAUAGCUUCCUUUGGCAUUUACUAAAGAGUGGUGUAAGUCACGGUAGUAGCAAAGAAAGUGACUCUGGACAUAUUAAUGGCAAAUACCUCCCUUAUCAUGGAUCUAGAAUCUCUUACAGGAUUUGGGAAUGUAAAUCAAAUCAAAUGUACUUAGCCCAACUAGGUAGCCAAGGAUCUGAGAGAAAUUGGAUAGGACUAUAAAAUAAAGCAGGGAAUUAGAAAUUGUUAUUUUAAAAUUUCAAAUUGUAACUCACCCUACUUUCAGCCUAUUAACACUCACUGCCAUUAGAUUUUUGCUAAAAUACCUGUAUUCACAGGAAAAUUCCACGGACGUGUAAAAGGUUGUCCCAGUAGAAUGGAAAGUAUACUGAAGCUAUUAGUGAAUUUGAAAAGCAGUGUGUUCUUAAGUCUUACAUGAGCAGAGCAGUAUCUUAACAAAAUUCAGAAAUUACUAAGAUGUAAAAUGGUUCAUGCUCAUUUGAAGAGCAUCUUGUAUGUAUAAUGCUGGCUCUUUUAAAAGCAUUGUCUAUUUUUCUUUCUAAAUAUGCUGCCAUGGAUGCUUUUAAACAUGCUUGUGUUCCCUGUACCAAGAUUGCAGAGAGCUGGUCUUAAACGAUAGGCAUGUCUGCUGAGCAGGUAGAGCUGCUAGGCUCAGGUGCGGGACUGCCUGGAUGGCUGGAGCAGCACCGGACCUAGUUCUGGAGGAAGCUUGGCAUUGGGGUUUUCCAAACACUGUUCAAGGUGAUACACUUUUUUCUUCUCUUUCUUUUUAGAAAAGGUUGCUAUCUCAUUUGAAAAGGAGAAACAGACUCUAUCUCAAAUGAGUCUGUGCCCAGAAGCCAGGCUCGUGGUAUUAUUGAGAAAUUUUUAUACAGCCCUUAAAAAAUAAAAUUUGAAAAUUUCCCUUUUCCUUUUUUCCAUCAAGUUGUUUUUUCUCUAGUUUACAGUUGACAUGAAAAAGGGGUUUCCCUCUGAGUUUCACUUUCUUUACUGUCCGAUGGUUAACUACAGAUAGACUUGCUGAGCUCCUAAGAAAUACAAGGAAGAACUCCUUGACGUGCAAAGCACUUUAUGAGUAAUUGAAUGGAUAACAUGUGGCUGCUUCACUGAUUAUUUCCCAAGGCGGUAACUGUCUGUCUUUUCCGUAAAGUGGCUGCAGUGCCUUCCGUGGGGCCUUUUAUUUUGGGUAAGGAGAGGUGAAGCCUGAAAAAUUUGAGAGUAACCAUAAAAGAUUGUUUUAAUCCUGGUGGAAUUGUAUUGUUUUGUUUUUUCCUAGCUGAUGGACUUUAUCAUUAAACUACAGUCUAGGGCAGUGAUGGCAAACCUAUGACAUGCGAACUCAUUUUUUUGGUUGAUUUUUCUUUGUUAAAUGGCAUUUAAAUAUAUAACAUAAAUAUCAAAAAUAUAAGUCUUCGUUUUACUAUGGUUGCAAAUAUCAAAAAAUUUCUAUAUGUGACAUGGCACCAGAGUUAAGUUAGGGUUUUUCAAAAUGCUGAAACGCCGAGCUCAAAAGGUUCGCCAUCACUGGUCUAGGGUGUAGAUUUUUGCCACUGAAAUAAUAUUGACCAAAAAGUAGUUUAUAAAAGGGAUUUGUGAAUAGAAAAAUCCAGUGUGAUUCUUUGUACUUGUGUGCACCUUAAAAGAAGGCUCUGUCUAGCUGUCAAAAUCUGGUUCCUGGACGUGCAGUCCCUGAUUGUAUGUGAGAUCUAUAGGAUGUACUGGGACAUCCUAGAAGAUAAAAUCACAUAUAUGAAGUAUAUGUGUUAUAUUCAUGUUAGUGUUGGAGAAGAAAGAGAUUAGUUAUAAAGAGAUAAUUCAGGACUUCACCACUGUCCACCUGAAACUAAAUAUAUCCUAGAUUCUCAUGGGAUAUGGUCACAGCUCUUAAUCACAUAAUGUUAUCAUUUGUUCAUGAGGCAACGUUGGCACUGCUGCACACCCCUCCUCAGCCUCACCGCCCCCCCUGUACAUUCACCCUCUGCCUCGGGCAAACCUCAUCUAGCUUUAGUUUGAAACAUACUACAGAGUUCAGGUGACCUCUUCAAAAAACUACCUCCUCAGAAUGAGGUAAUGAAUAUUUAUUUAAAAUAUGAAGUCAGGAGCUCUAGAACAUGAAGAUGAUUUAGGAUUUUAACUUUUAUGUGUGCUUGUAUUUGAACGCUCUCAUUUUGUCCUGAAGGGCAUUAUACAUUUAGGCAGUAAUACUGAAAAAUGUAGCAGAGUGUCUGAAUGUUGUUGCAAAUGGUGCCAGAACCUGUUUAGGGGUACGUUUCAGAAUAUCAACCUUAAGUCAGUUGCAUGAAAUUAAAUAGUUACGGUAUCACUUCACUAACAAUGAUAUAAUUUUAAUUGUCAAUGGGCUUGGCAGGACAGUGCACCUUCAUAAUGAGUUAGCCACAGCCUUGUCACAUGUGCAGAUACUCCGACCAACUGCCCAGCUUAGGGGGGAGAAAGUGAUUACCCAUUUUGCAAGAUUCUCUUCUUUGUCCAAGUUGGCCUUGUUAGUGCUAGAAUAGCAGCACCUGGAGACCAGCAGAUUCCAACCAUUAGGCUAUUUAAAAACACACACAUAGCCAGACAUGGAAGGUUUACUGAGUGUGAACACAAAAUAGCUUAUAGAUCAGACAUUGAAAUGGUGUAGGUGAGGCUGUAGAGAAAUACCUUGACAAUUUGCCAAAUGAUCUUACUGUGCCUUCAUGAUGCAAUAAAAAAAAAAAGCUAAAAUUUUAGCAGAAAUCAGUGAUUUAUGAAGAGAGCAGCCACUCUGGUCUAACUCAGCUGUGUUAAUAUUUUUUAGAGUGCAAUUUAGACUGCAAAGAUAAAUGCACUAAAGAGUUUAUAGCCAAAUCACAUUUAAAAAAUGAAAACACAGGUAAAUUUUCAGUGAACAAAAUUAUUUUUUUAAAGCACAUAACCCCUAGUAUAGUCAGAUAUAUUUAUCAUAUAGAGCAAAUAGGUUGAAAUUGUAGUUCAGUGACAUUUCUAGAGAAACUUUUUCUACUCCCAUAGGUUCUCAAAGCAUGGAAUUUUUAUAUAACAGAAAUAUUUGACAGACAUUUUAAGAAAUUGUGUAGUUCAAGGUUGAAGUACUGUAGGCUGGGCAGCAGUUGCGUGUGUUAACUUAGUGAGAAGGGGGAGAGAAAUUAAAAUAUGGGGCAGAAUUAGAUUUUAUCAGUCUCCAGAGUACUGCUGCCAACCUAGACACAGAUUUUUCAGAGUUUGAAACAUUACAAUUGCCUUCCAGGACUGGUUGGCAAAUUAAGCAGGACUGUGCUGCUAAUCCUGUUGGGGGUGCUGUGAGGUGUCGGGCCUCCUUCAUGAGGAAGCACUGGAAUAGUUCCUGGCCUGGCCAUUGCUGCCCACUGGACAUGCUCCGUGGUCUGCUUCUCGUAUCUUCAUUCCUCACCGCCCCAGGAAAGGCAGUGCACUGUCACAGCGAGUUCUCAAGGUGCUCACUGAGGGGUAUUCCUACACCCACAGGUCACUGAGCACCCGAAGAGUACGGUAGCAUCGCUGCCUGAUUUGUAUAUUGGCCACCAGAGAAUGACGUGGCCAGUGUGUUCAUGGUCCAUGUUGCUAGCUCUGGUAAAUUCGAAAAUGCUGGUAAGGUUUUGUGAUAUCAGUACACUAGGCAGUAAGCUAAGCUUUGUUUUGUUUUCAGAUAACUUAUUUUUACUUCUGUUUGGCAAAGAUAUUUACAUUGAAAUUCAGUCCUAAGUUUUCUCAGUUGUAGAAAGGGUAGUUAACAGUUUCUGGUGGGUAUUUUUAAGAUAGAAAAGGACAAAAACUUAAUUCCUAAAUUCUUAAGGUCACAGGGCUUUAUUUUAAAAUGCAUAGGGACAGUUAGUCCCCACCUCAAAAAAUAUUUAAGUAGAUCUUUUAGCAUCACAACUUGAACUGUUUAUUUAGUCUUAUUAUUAAAUCAGUUUUAUUAAAAUGUUUAAUUUUAUUUAGCUGUUUUGACUAAUUACAAUGGUAUUACCAGUUGUGCAUGAGUACACAGCCAGUGUAUCUGUUUUUUUGUGAUGCAUUUUUUGAAAGAAUUCUAUAGAUUGAAAUACUCUUUAAGAACAAAGAACUGAAAUAUAUUUAUUCCUGUUAAAUAUAAAAAAGUGAAAAAGGAUUUGUGCCCACCAUCGCAUCUCCUGGCAGGCUGGGUGGGUUGUCCAGCACCCACGCGUGGCUGGUGCUCAGCACGGUGUCUGUGGGACUGGGCAUGGGUCUCACUUAGGAGAUGUGGCAGAGGAAGGGUUCUGGUUACAGGGGUGCAGAUGGGGAUUAUGAGUAAGUUGCUUAGUACUGGUUUUCUUUUGAAAAUUACUGUGUUGCAUUUGUGUAUUAAGCUUUUUUAACCCGGGUGUGCUUUGGUGGAGUAGGAGAUACAUCGGAGGAAACUUCAAACUAGCAUAAGCAACAAAGCUCACAGACUAGGCACAAAUAUAGAGAAAAUGGACCAAAUAGGACAGGGGAGGGUGUGGGAGUAAGUCUGAGGGUAGGGAAAAAUUGAUGUGAGGGUGGGAAAUAAACCAUAAUUAUCUGAAAUAAAAUGUAAGAGUGCAAUAAGUGUGCUUUUCUAAGCUGUGAACGGUUUUGUUUUAAAUCAUUCCUUCCUUAUACAUUUGUGUGUGUUCCGGACAUAGCUGAUUAAAACCAGCUAUGAAAACAUAAUGCCUUUUUAUUCACAUUAAUUACCAACAUAAGUGGCUAACCUUUAUGUUUGUGUAUCUUCAUGUUACAUUAGUUUACAUACAGGGGGGUAUGUGUUAUGCUGUGCCCUUUUCCCUCCAUUUGAAAAUGCAUUUGUUGGGUCCUGUUUCCUUUGGCCAUGCUACACACUAGUCUGUUUGGCCUUCGUGAUGUCACCCGAUUGGAAGGACUAUGACAGUGAUCUAUUAGUGUGGUAAUCUUUUGUUGGUUGUACACUCUGAACCUUUCCUCACUCAGCAAUUUCUGCUUCUAAAAAAGGAGCAUACAACUGGUCAGGGGGUUGAAUUUGACCAUUUACCAACAUGUUCCUUUGAUUCUAUACAGUACUUAUGAUUGCUCUUUAGUUUAGACCAAGAAAAAGGACAUCACCCCCAUUUCAUUUACCUUCUUGGUUUGAGGACAAUUCUUCUAUACAGGAGAAGAAAGGCAAAUCCUUCAUGUUUUAACUGAGGAAAUGGCUCCAGGUUUACUACUCCAAACCGUGUGGCAGUUCUCAUACACAUUCCUCUCUCGCUGCCAAAGGUUCAGGUUUAGUUCACUUCAGUUCCAAACACUCAAAAGGUUCUCAUGGAGUCUGGAAAGAUGGGGACUUUUUAAUUGUCCGCAGACCUCUCUAUACCUGCUUUGCAAAAAUUAUGGAGUAACUAUUUUUAAAACUUAUUUUUCAAUUCAUAAAAAAAGACAUUUAUUUUCAGUCAAAUGGAUGUUGUCUCCCUCUUGACCCUUAGUCCUCAGUGCUUGAAUCUUUUUUUUUUUUCUUCCAUUCUCCCCCAACCCCACUUCUUGAUACUUUGGUUCCCUUUCCUGCUCAGGUCCCUUCAUUUGUACUUUGGAAUUUUUCUCAUGUAAAUUUGUACAAUGGAAAAUAUUGUUCAGUUUGGAUAGAAAGCAUGAAGAAUUAAAUAAAGAUAGCUGAAACUCAGAUUGAAGAAAUUUAUUUCUGUGUAAAGUUAUUUAAAAACUCUGUAUUAUAUAAAAGGCAAAAAAAGUUCUAUGUACUUGAUGUGAAUAUGCGAAUACUGCUAUAAUAAAGAUUGACUGCAUGGAGAA